UUUUGGCUUGUGCCUUUUUCCUAUUGCUAUUUUCUGGCGAGCAGCGGCUCUAAAGAGGAAGGGAAAAAAAAAACCAAGACUUUGCAAGCGAGAUGGGGAACUUGAAAGAAAAAGUAGACAAGAAACAGCAGAAAAAGAGCAAGAAGGCUAAUAAUAGAAAAUUCAGUGAAAAGGAUGCAAUGAUAAAGAAAGAGGAUGAAAGGAAUAAAGUGAACAAUCCAGCAGAGAAGAAGAAGAGGAAAAGGGAGAAGGGAAAUAACUUUGAUGGUGGUGAUGUUACUCGGAUCAGUCGAGAAGAUGACCGUACUAAAGCAGAAAGAGAAAAGAAGAGGAACAAACUGAGGAAAAAGAAACAGAGAAGUGAAGAGCAAAAUAAUGCUCUGGUUGGCAAAUAUGAUCAGCUCAGUACUGAGUCCGAAGAUGGUUUUAAUGAACAAAAAUGUAAAUCCAAGAAAUCUAAGAAAAAGAAAAAGGAGCAUGACACAUCAAAGGAGGAUGAGAAUAUACUGGAAAAGAGUGGAGAGACCGAUCAUGGUGAAGCAUAUUGUAUUUCUUCUGUGGAUGAGGACUGCUCAAAAGGAAUGAAAAAGUGGCUUACAGAUUACAAUCAAAGUAGACCGGGUUUGAAGGUGCUGCAACAAAGGUUAGAUGAGUUCAUAAUUUCCCAUGAGGAAAAACUUGAACAGGAAAGAAAAGAAAGAGAAGACCAAGCUGCAGAAGGGGGAUGGACAGUUGUUAAACAUCACAAAGGAAGGAAAAAGACAACAGAUUCUGAAAGUGGAAUUCCUGUGGGCUCUGUUGCUCCAGCUGCUGUGGAGAAUCAGAUGACCAAGAAAAAGCCCAAGGAAGUUGGGCUAGAAUUCUAUCGGUUUCAGAAAAGAGAAGCUCAGAGGAGUGAAAUUAUGGCUCUCCGAAGCAAAUUUGAGGAGGAUAGAAAGCGGAUUCAGCAAUUGAGAGCUGCUAGGAAGUUUCGACCUUACUGAGUGCUGCAGGGGCCAUAAAAAUAUGAUCGGAAUCUGAAGCAUCUCGUAAUGCUUUGAAUUUUUUUGCAACCUAAGGAUUAGGGGGGCGGCAUUCUAAGCGCUUAAAAUUUUUGCACCUGGUAAGUUAAUUAGAGAUCAGCAACUGUAUUCUUGAGUCAUCAUAACUAUCUACAAAAAUGUACAAUUUUUCAGGUGAUUAACUGAAUUGUCAAAUUGCAUAAUGUUGCUGAAGCGACCUUUUGUCAUGCUAA